GUCAGUGAUAAAUAUGUGAAGUGAAAAAAUAUAAAUUUAAAAAAAUCGGAAUUUAGAAAUUGUGAGAUGGCUCACAGCUAGACAACACCUCAAUGUCAUUUAAAUGCUGUCACUAACACAUCAAGCAUCUGGGGGCAGCUCUCUGAAUAACAAAAAUGCAUUUCAUAAAAGAGAGAACCUUAUGUAACAAUGAAAGAAAAUCCCCCCAAGCAAAUAUUAAAAGCCUUUAGCUUGGUGUGAAAAUGUUUACAAGCUGUGAUACGUGCCAAAUAUUUCAGGAUUUACUAGUGUUGACAAAGCAUGAUGCUCGGAUUUUAGUGUUUUAUAAAAGAAUUUUAACAUAUUUUUAAUAUUGUAUUCUCUCUCUCUCUGCAUAGUUUUAGGUUAGCGCUCUUUAAGGCAUUGGAAUAAAACUUAAUUUCUGCAUGUUGCAUAUUGGCGCCUUAAUGACUUAACUCAUUUGCUUGAGCGUUGACACGUGUUGAAGAUGCACUGCUGCAUCAACAGACCUGUCUGAACAGGAGGGAAGAAGCAGACCUGGUCCAUUCAAACGAGGGAACCCUCUUUCUCUGCUUCCCCCACGCUCCUGGGAGGAAAGUAGAUACUCCUCCUCCUCCGUCCUCCACCGAGAAGGAAGCUUUCUCUCCCCUAAAACCCUGAUCGGGCUGCCAGUCCUCCUCGGAGCGUGUCCCCCUACACAAUCGGAAUCUGAGCCUGUUCAUGUCAUGACCCGGAGCAGUGCAGGAUCGAAGAGGUCGACUCCUCCAACCAGCCUGGUUCUCCGAUGCAGCUGACUCUUCUCCCGGGUUUCCACUUUGGUUCUUAUGAAAUAUGCUAUGUCCGCUGGAGUGCUCGCUUCUCUUUCGGCUGCACUUUGUUUUCAUGUUGGCAGCGGGCCACGAUGAGCUAUCUGCCAGACUCCUCUCCCUCUCUAACGAGCAAGGUCAUUUGUCUCAGUCUGGCUCAGAUCCAUCCAUCGUCCAUCCCGUGAGAAUCAGCGCUGACGGUGAGUUUGUCUCCCACUCCGUGUCUCACCAUUUCAAGACCGGGAGAUCCAGGCGUGCGCUCCGGUCCUUUUCUCCAGAGGGACAGGUCUACUACAAGCUCAACUACAAUGGUCGAACAUUAAUGUUCAAUUUGACCAAAAACCACCACCUGCUGUCAACCGAAUACGUCCUGGAGAGGAGAAAUGGCAGUGCCAGCAGGGCUGAGCCUGUCCUGUCUGAGGGGAAUUCCUGCCACCUUCUUGGCACGGUGGAAGCCCCUGAUGUUAAAGGAACGGCUGCCAUCAGCACCUGCAGAGGACUGAGAGGAUUCUUUUCCCUGCCGGAGGGGCAUUUCUUCAUCGAACCUGCCCAGAAAUUGCCCAGUGAUCCUGCAGGGAUGCCAGAACCACACGUUGUCUAUCCAAGGCAUACUGACGAAAAGCAUAGACAAAAACGCAGCCUGGAGUCCAAACACACUCCCAGCCUCUGUGGAGUUCAAGAUGCUCCAAGUGACUCUCACCAGGUGGAAAAAGAGAGGGAGGAAUGGGAGAGGGAGCAGCAGAGGGGGGAGGCUCAGGCUCAGUCCCGCUCGCAGCGAUCAGUCAGCCGAGAGCGAUGGGUGGAGACCAUGGUGGUGGCUGACUCCAAACUCAUAGAAUACCAUGGCAGCGACAAUGUUGAGUCCUACAUUUUCACCAUCAUGAACAUGGUUGCUGGAAUAUUUCAUGAUGCCAGUAUUGGAAAUGCCAUCCAUGUUAUCUUGGUCCGCCUCAUUCUGCUUCAAGGAGAAGAGAAAGGAUUGAAGAUUGCUCACCAUGCAGACACUACUCUGUCCAGUUUCUGUGCAUGGCAGAAAAACUUGAAUCCUCAGAGUGACACUCACCCAGCUCACCACGAUCUGGCUGUUCUGAUCACAAGGAAAGAUAUUUGUGCAGGAAUGAACCAGCCAUGUGAGACUCUGGGUCUCUCUCAUCUAUCUGGGAUGUGUCAACCCCACCGCAGCUGCAACAUCAACGAGGAUUCAGGAUUGCCUGUCGCCUUCACUGUUGCUCAUGAAAUGGGCCAUAGUUUUGGGAUUCAUCAUGACGGCCAAGGGAAUGACUGUGAGGUGGGAACAAAACACCCGUUCAUAAUGUCAAGGCAACUGAUGUAUGACAGUUCACCUCUUACUUGGUCGUCCUGCUCCAAAGAGUACAUCACACGUUUCCUCGAUCGUGGCUGGGGUUUCUGUUUGGAUGACCGUCCAUCCAAGAGAGACCUGACUACCCCUCUGGCCCGUCUUGGUGUCCGCUACACCACCCAUCAUCAGUGCCAGCUCCAGUAUGGUCCAAAUGCUACUUUCUGUCCAGAGGUGGAUAAUGUUUGCCAGAUUCUUUGGUGUUCAGUGAAUGGUAGCUGUAGAUCCAAAUUGGACUCGCCUAUAGAUGGUACUCGCUGUGGACCAGACAAGUGGUGUAUUUCUGGAGAGUGUGUAAUUGUGGGUAAACUGCCAGAGACUGUGAAUGGAGGCUGGGGGCCUUGGGGUAAGUGGUCCUACUGCUCCAGGACUUGUGGAACUGGAGUUCAGUCUGCAGAGAGGGAAUGUAACAAUCCCAAACCUGAAUUUGGAGGAAAGUAUUGCACUGGAGAAAGGAAGCGUUACCGGACCUGCAACACCAAACCUUGUCAGAAUGAGAAGCCGUCCUUCAGAGAGAUGCUGUGCAGUGAGUUUGACACAGUGCCAUAUCACAACCAGCUCUACCAGUGGAUCCCAGUUGUUAACCCAUUAAAUCCCUGCGAACUUCACUGCCGACCAGUUAGUGACUAUUUUUCGGAGAAGAUGCUUGACGCGGUGACCGACGGGACCCCGUGCUUCAUGAACAACAAGUCCAGAAACAUCUGUGUUAACGGAGUGUGCAAGGAGGUUGGCUGUGACUUUGGUAUUGACUCAAACGCAGUGGAGGAUCGCUGUGGGGUCUGUCUGGGCGACGGCACAAGCUGUGAGACGGUUUAUAAGACGUAUAAUGAACAACAAGGUUUUGGGUACAUGGACAUGGGGGUGAUACCAGAGGGCGCCCGGGACAUUCUGGUGAGGGAAGCCGAGGAGGCAGGUAACUUCCUGGCCCUCAGAAGUUUGGGGUCAGAUGAGUACUUCCUCAAUGGGAACUUCAUCAUCCAGUGGAACGGCGAGUACGAGGCAGGUGGGACGACAUUCUAUUAUGAGCGCAGAGGAGACAUGGAGAACCUCACUGCACCUGGACCUACCAAGCAGCCAGUCUUGCUCCAGUUGUUGUUUCAGGAGAAGAAUCCAGGUAUAAAUAUAGAAUACACCGUCAAGAAGACAAAAUUCAUAGAAAAUGAGGUCCAUGAACCCACUUACAGCUGGAGACAUGGAGCCUGGACGGACUGCAGCGCCACCUGUGGCCUAGGAGAGCAGCACCAGCCAGUGCUGUGUUUUGAAACAGAUGUGGGUGUCGUGGACGAGUCUCUGUGUGACCUAGACAGCCGUCCAGAGGACCAACACCGUAAAUGUAAAAAUAUGGAAUGUCCUGCAAGGUGGUGGGUUGGUGGUUGGCAGCAUUGUACAGAAACCUGUGGAUCAACAGGAUUGAGGAAGAGAACCGUUCUUUGUGUCCGCACUGUUUCAGGGGAGGAGAGGGUACUCCACCCUGUGGAAUGCAAGCAUCUGCUUAAACCUAAACCUGUGGUGCCAUGCAACAGAGAUGUGCCAUGUGGGCAGGAAUGGGCUGUUGGCAACUGGGAGGAAUGCCCCGUCACAUGUGGAGGAGGAGUUCGCUCGCGCACCGUGUCGUGCACAUUGGUGCCAAAGAAGAUCUGUGACCUCUCAACCAAACCCAGGUCCAAAUCACUGUGUGCUUUGCAGAGCUGCCCAAACUCAAGUCUUCACAAACGUCCUGGGUUUCCCCCUGUUUAUCGCCGCAUUUACCCAAAUAAAACUCCCUCUACUAAACAUCCUGGCUCAACAUCAUUAGCACCUAUAAGCUCCACAGCUGUGCCUACAACAACCACCAAAGAAACUACAACUGCCACCACAAAAUCCACUUUAAGCCCUCAAGUUGCAUUUACUGAAAUUAUAGUCUCACAGGAUCAUGACUUUAGUGUUCUGAUGAGGAAAAUGAAAAAUGAAAAGAGGAAAGUUUAUCCUAAUAAAUCUAGUUCUUCUAAUAAAGAAAAGAAAACAAGUGUUAGAGAGGAGGAAAAUGUAGACACAGAGGAGGGAAGUACUGAGGAUGGGGUCCUGUAUUCCCCAGGAUAUGAUUACAUCGUUGAGGACAAGACAAAACAAGAAGAGAAGAUUAUUGACCUGGACUUUUUCACCACUGUAACGUCUCUAACGACUCGUCUUCAGACAACCACACCAAAACCACAAGCACGUCCUCUUACCAACCAUGCAACUAGAAUGCCACCCACAACUGCUUUGCCAUUCUCUCUUACGAGUACUGACACAUGUUCAAGGACAACCCACCACUUACCCAACAUCAACACCACCUCAAAUGUUGAAUCAUACCACCCAUGGAAACAACGUGCUCCUCUAACCACUCCCAUGAAUAAGUUUGGCCCGGGCCGUUCAAAAACUAUCUUCAAAACAAUGCAAGUUCCUGUAACAACUGUAAGAAAACCAUCCACCACUGCAGCUCCUCCUCAUGUGACAUUUAUGAACCUGAAGAGCUCCCCUGCAACAACCAAGAAAACCACUCAAACUGUUCAUGCUAAAAAACAACCCAGGUCCAAAGGAAGCCACGUCAAGAGCCAAAACCAGCAACCAAGAAGUCAGCAGAGCAGUUCCACGAGUGACCAAAGAAACCUGAUGGCCAGAGAACCACUUAGCAUGGAUGUAUUUUGGGUUGUUGGAAACUGGAGUGAGUGCUCAACAACAUGUGGGAUUGGAGCUCUAUGGAGAACCGUGGUGUGCAGUUCAGAGAAUGAAGAAGACUGUGCCAACAUGAAGAGACCUGAGCCUGCACGAACAUGUCAUCUGCAACCAUGCGCUACCUGGCAAACUGGCAGCUGGAGCAAGUGUCCGGAAAGCUGUGGGUCUGUGAGAAGGAGGCACCGUGACGUUCAGUGUGUUGAUUCUCAGAGUAAACGUCCACUCAGACCUUUCCACUGUCAGAUUGUGUCCAGCAGACCCCUAAGCGCCCUGGGUUGCCCCCAAAAGCCCUGUAUGAACUGGACUGUGUCACCCUGGGGACUGUGCUCUACCAGCUGUGGUGAAGGCAUCAGGGAGCGACUGGUGUACUGCCCUGAACCUCAUCGCUGCAGCCCCACGUCCAGGCCAAACGACACUGAACUGUGCAGUCUAAAACCUUGCACGCACUGGAAAACCGAAGGCUGGGGGGAGUGCUCUGUGAGCUGUGGAGAGGGUCAACAGCAACGCACAGUCAACUGCGUGAGCGAUCAGGAUUCGGCCGUUUUGCCAAACCGCUUUUGUGAGAUUUCUAAACCAGAGACACUCCAGAAAUGCAACUUGCAGGAAUGCAAGAAAAGCUCAGUUUGUAGAAAAAACACCAUGUCCUCCCGCUUCUGUGACAAGCUGAAGCUGUUGGGUCGCUGUAUGCUUCGGUCGGUUCAAAGACAGUGUUGCUUCACCUGCAGGGCGCUACCAAGACUGGACUCAUAAUGACUGCAACAUGGCCUACCAUCUGUUCAUGAAAUACUGGUACAAAACAACCGCCAUCCACAGACUGAGAAACCAUGGUGCUAAUGGCAACUUCAGCAAGCCAAACUGACUGCCUCAGUGGUCACUGCUUUUCUUUUGUUUUUGUUUUUUUUAUUCUACCAUGUUCAGUUCUUCAAAAUUUACUGUAGUAAAAUUUUGGAUCAAAACCAGGUAAUGCAAAAAUCCAAAGUGCUUGGAAAACUUCAGAAAUAUAUUUGAGCAUGAGACCAGGGGAAAAUGAGAUUAUGCAUAGACAUGGGCUGGUAUAACAAUCUCCCAAAAUAGACUCCACAAGUUCAUAUUUACACAAAAAUCAAAAGGUUGAACAUGAUUUAGGUUUGUUCAUUUCUUUCUCUAAGAAUAGAAAAUAAGCCGAUUUUGGCUGGUUAACUAAUCAGGGCAUCUGAUCAUGUAGCCAGUCUGCAGUUAGAUUCUUAACAGAGUACCUCACCAGGGAGUCAUCCAGGUGCAAGAUGUCACCUCAACUGGCUCCAUUUGAUGUGGUGGAGCAGCAGCUCUACUCUGAAACCCUCUUAACUGACCGAACCCAGACACCCUAGUUUUGGCUGUUUGUAUCGGUGUUCUCGUUCUUUCACUACCCAGAGCUUGUGACCACAGAUCAGGGUAGGAAUAUCCAUCUACUGGUAAAUUGAGGCUCAGCUCUCUUUUCACCAGGACAGACCUGUAAAGGACUUGCAUCACUGCAGACGCGGCACUAAGUCGUGAAAAGUUUUUCACAACAGCAUAAAUUUCCCAGCUGUCAAAUGUAUCCUUUCUUGUUUGUACAGAAAAGUGUGCCAGCUUUCUUUCGGUUAGCUGAGUAUUUGUGUGUAGAAACAAUUGGGUUUAUUUAUGUCCAGGCAUCCAGAAAAAAAUGUUGGCAAUUCUUGCACGUCCUCUGGCCAAUAAAAUGGUUCUAAGUGGCAGGAACAACUUUUGAAGUAUUAUAAACAGUAACUUUUUAUAACCUUGGAAUGCCUCAAUACAGACAGCCGGCCCAUGCCUCGUUAUUUGUUAACAUGCAUUUCUAAGUCAAAGGUGCUUUUACAGCUUAAUAAAGGUGCUUUUAAAAUUAGGCUGCUGAUGAUUCACUGCUAAUACUUAAUGUUGUUUUUUAAUGAACUGGUAAAACAGAAUGUAAAUUAAGAUUUUCUGUCAAUCCAACAUUGCUUGGAUGGACGUCAACACUUUUUAACACUUGGAUUUGUGUUUUGUUGAAUUAUGUUUUGUUUUUCUCAGAGCCAGCACUAACUGUGUGUUCAUGUAAAACAUUUUAUAGACCAUUUUUUUCUUAUUGUCAAAAAUUUAUAAAUCAGCUGCGGAAUGCAACAAUCUCCUCUCAGACUUGUUGCACCCUUUUAAAACUAAGACAGAGGUGUUGCAGGUCAUCCCUCUCAGGUCCCUCUUAAGAUGGCACUUGUGAUUAUAUGAAAUUGUUUACCAAGUUGUACAUCUUCAGCUCCUUUGCUUCGCUGCUCUUUGUUUCUUUCACUUCAAGUUGUGAGUGAAAGAGGCUUGGACAAACAUGAGGCUAGAUGAAAAAUUCGUCGUUCGCAGGACGUCCCAUCUUCACUCAUACACUUCUUUGCCAAAAUUGUUUUCUUGUCUGUCUUCACACAUAUAAACUUGAGUGACAUCCCACUCCAAAUCCAAAAGGUUUAAAAUGAUGUCAUGUACAACAACUUUAAUUCUGAAAAGAUCUAAGAGUGUUCACAGAGCACAUUCUUUUGGUCAGGCACUUUCAUAACCCAUUGUCAAUCACAGUGGUCUGCACUGUGGUACUGACUUGAUCUGUUGGGUUAAGAUCAGUUCCAUGUGCAUGUUCCACACUUAGCUCACUCAUCUAUGUCUUUACAGAGUUUGCUUUGUCAUGUUGGUACAAAAAGGACUAGAAAGUCUGGAGCAUUUCCUAAAAAUGCUUUUGUAUGUUGAAGCAUUAAAAGUUUCUUUCUUUGGAGCUAAGAGCUCAAACCCCAGUUCUGGAAAACAAAAUCCUCUGAGUCACACUUUGCAAAAUACACUCAAGCAAAUACCGUUCUCUUGGCUAUUCUCACCAGUUGGAUUGCUCAACAAAGAAGCAUGGUUUGUCAC